UAUAUAUAUAUAACAGAAAGGUGUCUUCCAAAAUUUCAAUUUAAUAGAUUGAGUUAAUGUUCAGAUCCUUGAUAAUCAACUUACCAUGAAGUGUGCACAUAAAAUGGCUGCUAUUUGUGGUACCUUUUCUAAUGAAUUUUUAUAAAGGGAUGACUCGCUGGCCGAUUGAUAAUUGGACUGCAUACGCAAGGAUUUGAUUUAUACCAUGGACCAUACUUGCCAUGACUGAGACUCGGUUUAUCACUAUAGAGGGUGGUGCAAGGUGGAGGGUCCCUAUUUGAUAAGAGGAUAAAAUGCACCUCAUUUUCAAUGCCUUUGGCAUCCUUUUAGGUGUUGCUCCUUGAAGUUUGUAUUUGUCACUUGUAAGAAGCCAGAUGCCUUUCAAUGCAAGGUGGAUACCAUACGUUUUUUUUAUAAUGGACAAAUCCUUAAGAUGUUCCCUAUUUAAGCUGAACUAAAAUCUCACCAUCAUUAACAUCACCAUGCAGAAAGACAUUCCCUAAAGUUGAGGCUUGUGGAUAACACAGCUUCUCCAACAUGCAUAAAUAAUUUUUUCUCUUUUUUCUUCAGUCUCUCAAUCUUUUAGUUUUAGAGGAAAUGAAACUAAAAAAUUUUAAACAUCAGUAAAAUUAGUUGUAAUUAUCAGAGUUGGACUUGUCAUUAAUUGGUUGAUUCUAUACUUUGUAAGGUUCAUAAGAGGCUUUGCAUGUAUGAAUUCUGCAAGUGAUUUUAGAUGGAGUUGUCUUUUGAAUUUCUUGUGGCUAGUUUUACCAUUUCUCAAUGGAAUUAUUUUUGCAUAUUUAACAGCUUUUAUGAUGUGAAAAUAUCUUGUGAUGUGAGAAUGAGUUUAUUUAUUUGUAUUAUUGGCUCAAGCAUCUGAAGUCUAGGCCACUCUGCAAUGUUCUGAAGUGCUCUCUUUAAAAGCAUUUCAUGGUUCGGCUGUCCCACUGAAGUGGUAGAAGUUAUUCCCUUUGUCAGCGUUUAUCUUUGUUCUGAUUCUUCUCCAUAAAGUUUGAAAGAUAUUAUUUAGUGCUUGACAUAUAAGGUUUAUCUCCAACCUCAUUCUCUUUCCAUGCAUAACUUUUGACUCUAUUCUCAAAAAUUGACUCUUGUGAAUGGCGACAAACCAAUUAUUCAUGCAAUCCUUUUAAACCCCAAGCGCCAUUUCCACCAAUUUACAACACCCUUCACCACCAUGGUCUCCACCACUACCACCACCACAGACAACACUCAAGAAUUCCACCAAGCUACAGAAUUCCUUCCUGAAAACGUCUCCCUCUCAUUGCCAACCCAUGAUGGACUAGAAUUCUGGCAAUUCAUGGUUGCAGGUUCAAUUGCUGGCUCUGUGGAGCACAUGGCCAUGUUUCCUGUAGACACCUUGAAGACCCGCAUGCAGGCUGUUGGUUCUUUGGCAUCCAAAGCUGCAGCUAUAUCUCUCAGGCAAUCCCUUGGCUCAAUCAUGAAGGUAGAAGGACUGGCAGGACUGUAUCGUGGGAUUGCUGCAAUGGGUCUUGGAGCUGGACCAGCUCAUGCAGUAUAUUUCUCUGUUUAUGAAGUAUGCAAGAAGUCUUUAUCUGGAGGAAAUCCAAAGAACUCAACAGCACAUGCACUUUCUGGUGUUUUUGCUACUGUUGCCAGUGAUGCAGUGAUAACCCCAAUGGAUGUAGUAAAGCAGAGGCUGCAGUUAAAGAGUAGUCCAUAUAAAGGUGUGAUGGAUUGUGUGAAGAAAGUGGCGAUGGAAGAAGGGAUUGGGGCUUUUUAUGUGAGUUAUCGCACUACGGUGGUGAUGAAUGCACCUUUCACAGCUGUUCAUUUCGCAACAUAUGAAGCUGCCAAGAGGGGUGGGAUGGAGGUGUUGCCAGAGAUUGCAGGGGAUGAGGAGACUCUGAUAGUGCAUGCCACUGCUGGUGCUGCAGCAGGGGCUCUGGCUGCGGCUGUUACUACUCCUCUUGAUGUUGUCAAGACUCGGUUGCAGUGCCAGGGUGUAUGCGGAUGUGAUCGAUUUUCAAGUGGCUCAAUUGGCGACGUGAUUCAAACAAUAGUGAAGAAGGAUGGUUAUGGAGGACUAAUGAGGGGUUGGAUUCCCAGAAUCCUGUUCCAUGCUCCUGCUGCUGCAAUCUGCUGGUCUACAUAUGAAGCAGGAAAAGAGUUUUUCCAGCAACUCAAUGAUAAGAAUAGUUCAGUAGAUUGAUGAUUUCUCAGCAUUUAGCUCAAUACUCUGUUUUAAAUAACACAGCACAUACAUGGACUAAACAAAGCCAUUGUUGCUGAUUGUAAUGGUUUCUGGACACUUGUAUAUUGCUGUAUAAUUCAAGUGGAUCGAGGUGUUGAUAAAUAAUUUCCCUUUUCAGAGCAAAA